UCCUGUCCGGGCGGGACCGGCCCGGGUGAAAGGGCAACAAGAUGGCGGCGGCCCGCCGGGCGAGGAAGUAGGCGCGGGCGCGUUGCUGGGAUGCCCAAGUACUACGAGGAGAAGGAGGAGGACGGGCGGGCCUGUGCGGGGUUGCGGGAGGACCUGCGCCAGUGCCUGCUCGAGUCCCCCUGCCUCGUCCAGGAAGGAAAAAGCCCCAGACAAUGCUUGAAGGAAGGACACUGCAGAAAUUUGCAGGUUUCAUUUUUUGAGUGCAAAAGGUCAAUGUUGGAUACCAGAGCAAGAUUCAGAGGAAGGAAGGGAUACUGAAGCCUUUAUGAAGAGAGCGAAGCAUGGGCAAUUAUGGGUGCCUUAUGCUAAAUACAGAGACUAAAAUAAGAAGAGUACAUUUGCUGCAUCUUCCCAGUCAUGAAGUAUUUCAUGGAAAAUACCUGCUUUCAAGAACUCUGAUAGAUUGAGGCUGACAUGCAUCUAAAAUACUCAAAAGAAAUCCAACAUUUGGUGGGCAGUUCGGAGAGCUAUGAAUACCCUAAUCCGUUUUAAAUAAGCUGUGCAAAAUCUAAAAUAAGCCUUAGCAAUCUUUAGCUGAGUCAGCUUGUUUUGAAAUUGAGAUUUCUUUUUAUUUUGGGGUUUAUAGUUGUAUUUAUCUAAAAUCAUAAGACAUAGUCAAAAUGAAAUAUUAUAAAAUGAUUGAAAUUGGUAGGCUGCUUGACUAAUGUUCAGCAGCACCAUUCAGGAAACCUAAGAUAAUUCCCUUGUUUCCCAGGUUAGCAGAGCUGGCAUACACAGUGAAAUGUACAUGUUAGCCUCUGGGGAAGAGUGGCUUAUUUUGCUUACUAGUAUGGUGUAACAAUUGAUUAGAGUGAAGUUGGUACCUGUCUAGUUCCCAAGAAGUAUGACACCAUCUCUUCACCCCCCCCUCCCCAUAACAUUCCUUAUGUAAUAUGAUGUUUGCUGUAAGUUUUCUAAUACACUGUAGAAUUUCACUUCUGAAGAACUAAAUUAAAGUUGAGAUUACUCUUAAAAAUUAACAUGUCUCUGAUCUUUUGGAAAAACAGUCCCAGCUUUUAAGAGAAUUAUAGUUCAUCUGCCUCAUAUUAACUCACGAAUACAGAUGAAGAUUUGCAUGUGAGGAGUAAGUAAAUAAAUACCAUGUUUUUCUCUCUGACCCGCAGCUAAGAAGAUACUGGUUGACAUUCUUAUAAUGUGCCUGCAACAGCCUCUAGGGGUUCCUUUGAGGUUAUGCUGGAUCUCCCUCUUACUACUCAAAAAAACCCAAAAAACUUUACACACUGAACCACAACUUAAAAUAUUUGUUCUUAAUUAUGCAUUGCAUAUUAAUGUUAUAUCUCAAACUUUAUACCUUUAUACUUUUUAAUGUGUUUUAUUCCUGCAUUCUUACUCUUUUCUGUACUCUAAAAUAUUUUCUGUAUUCUAAAAUGCAUGUAUGGGUGUAUAAUUUUCAAAUUGUCAUCUACAUUCAUUUAAAUUGUGACUGCUUUUUCAUGGUAAAAUUGUUUUAUUUAAA